GUGACUAUAACAAGGACAACUUCCACCAGUACUGGAGCGAAUCCAAGCGCGCAUUCUGCUGCAUCAAGGAGCAAAAGGGCUGCGUGAGCCAUACCACGCCAGCGCCACAUAACUGCGAAGAGGACUACGAUGACUGGAAGACCAAAUGGGACGAGGAGAAAAGGCAAUGGUGCUGCAAAACUCAUCUCCGCGGCUGCCACCACGAAGUGGCUCCCGACCCCUGGACCUGCACGUGGCCCGAAGAGAGCAGCUGGGAGGACUUCUUCAGCCACGGACAGAAGCGGUGGUGCUGUGAUCACAAGCACAUCGGUUGCGAUCCCUACGACUGCAACUACUUCUACAGCGACCGGGACGUUCUUUGGUCCAGCCACAAGUCUCUGUGGUGUUGCAGUCACAAGGGCAAAGGCUGCAAUUCUCAUGGCCAUGACCAACCAUCCGCGGACUAUGUCUUCCAUGGAGACUACGACUGCACCCUCGCAGGCGGCAGCUGGGAGACGUGGCCGACGUCGCAGCGGUACUACUGCUGUGACCAUUACACAGUGGGCUGCGACCAGUGGGACUGCGACUACGACGUGGACUCGUUGGAGGCCUGGGAAACCAGCAAGAAGGCCUACUGCUGCGACAAGGUUGGCGUCGGUUGUGUUGAAGACGACCAGCCGCCAGUCGAUGAUCUCUUCGAUUGUGAUGCCGGGCUGGCCAAGUGGGAGAAGGGCUGGUCUGCAGUGAAGAAAGGCUACUGCUGCAAGUACAAGAACGUCGCUUGCGAGCCCUUCGAUUGUGGCUUUGAGGUCGACGAGUACCAGACCAAGUGGCCUGAGGCGAAGAAACUCUGGUGCCUGGUCUGGAGUGCUGCCAAAAGGAGCAAGUCGGAUGCGAACACGAAGCCACCUUCGACUGCGAACCUGGGCAUUACUUUCGAUAGAUACAGAGGCGAGGAGGAUUAUUCUGACCGCUACUUGAGCUGGAGCAAAUCCAAGCAGGAGUAUUGUUGCGACAAGUACCAAUAUGCUUGCAGUCACGACACUGGAGGAUACUAUGACGGUGCACACAGUCACCACACGAUCCAUCACAUCUACUCUGGGACAGGGCAUGAUGCCUUCGAUCAUGUUGCACACGCUGGCAGUGGUGAGACCUUCAGUCACUUUGAGACAAGCAGUGGGCAGUUGCCGCCAGGCUUCAAGAUGGAUGGUGGCAAGCUCCCACCUGGCUACCACGUGAAGGGCGACAAGAUCGUCUACGGCCACGGAAGCCAUGCUAUGUCCUUCCCCAAGACUGACUUUCAGUCAACACAUGACCAUUUCUUCUUUAGUGAUGCCGGCCAUGAGAAGCAUGGCUGUGCAGGCGGAUCCGCCAGCAGCGGCCAUGCAAAGCAUGGCAGCAGCAGCGGCAGCUUCAGCCAUGUUGAGACGAGCAGUGGUCAGUUGCCUCCAGGCUUCAAGAUGGAAGGUGGCAAGAUGGUUUACAGCAAGAGCGGACAUUUCGAUUUCAGCGGCGAUGGCGGCAAGCUCCCGCCUGGCUACCACCUGAAGGGCGACAACAUCGUUUAUGGCCAGGGAAGUCACUCCAUGUCUUUCCCUGAAGUCGACUUCCAAUCGAAGGGCGACCACGUUUUCUUCAGUGAUGCCGGCCAUGCAAAGCAAGGCAGCAGCAGCGGCAGCAGCUUCAGCCAUGUUGAGACGAGCAGUGGUCAGUUGCCUCCAGGCUUCAAGAUGGAAGGUGGCAAGAUGGUUUACAGCAAGAGCGGACACUUCGAUUUCAGCGGCGAUGGCGGGAAGCUCCCGCCUGGCUACCACCUGAAGGGCGAUAACAUCGUUUAUGGCCAGGGAAGUCACUCCAUGUCUUUCCCUGAAGUCGACUUCCAAUCGAAGGGCGACCACGUUUUCUUCAGUGAUGCCAGUCAUGAGAUGCAUGACGGCACCGGUGGAUUCGUCAGCGGCGGCCAUGCAAAGCACGGCAGCAGCAGCAGCGGCAGCUUCAGCCAUGUUGAGACAAGCAGUGGGCACUUCGGUGCCGGCCAUCAGAUGCAUGGCAGUGUGGGUGGAUCUGUCAGUAGUGGCCAUGCCAAGCAUGGCUUCAGCUUCGGCCACAUUGAGCAGUUGCCCCCAGGCUUCAAGAUGGAGGGUGGCCAAAUGGUCUUCAGGAAAGUCGAUGCCCACAGCAGUGGAGGCAAAGUCCCUCCCGGCUAUCGCUUAGAGGGUGACGACAUCGUUAUCGGCCAUGGCAGGAACAGACUGGCAUUCCCGGAGGUCGACUUCGAAGCAAAAGGCGAUCACUUUGUCUUCGAUGCCGACCGUGAGGCGGAGCAGAGUGCGGCCGGUGCAGCCGCAGGAUUAGAGUCCGGCCAGCAUGGUGGUGCUCAGUUCACUUUGCCUCCAGGCUUCAAGAUGCAGGGCGACAAGAUGGUCUGGACCAAGGGUGGUGACUAUUCAUUCGAUGGUACAGGCAAGCUCCCUCCCGGCUACCGAUGGGAAGGUGACAACAUCGCCUAUGGACAGGGAAGUCUGGAGGCAGAUAUUCCCUCGAGCAUGAUCUCCACAGGUUGA